CAAAUUUUUUUCUCACUUCAAAUACAAAAACCCAACAAAUCAAAUUCAAAGAAAUCAAAAAAUUCAGAUCUUACAGCUCUGCAAAUCGGAUCCUCCAUCAUUCUUUCUCCAAAUCACAGCUUACGAACCAAGAAAUUGUUCAAAAAAUGGUGUACACAUACACACCCACAUACUACACUUCACUUCAUGACUCAAUCACCUCUCUAUGCAAAAACAUCCUCCCAUUUUCCUUCAAGAAGCGGCGCUUACCGGUGAUCGCGGCAGCUGAGCAGAGGCUGUCGAAGCAACAGUCUGACAAUCUGAAAUGGCAGCAGGAUUCAUUUCACCAGAUUCUCAACUUGAUGGGUCUUUGCAAAGAGGGUAUUAUACCUGAAACAGAGGUCUCUAAUUUUCGGAUUCACCUACUUGAUACCCUUAUUGCUUCCCCCAUUGAUCAUGAACAAACCACCAUUUUAAGAGAUAAGUUGAUCUUCUUGCAGGAGCUAUUGUAUGCAAAAUGUAUAUCGGAGGAGGACUACCAUUCUUCAAAGAGGCCACUAUUACAAAGACUAGCGGUUCAAGGUGCUGAAAUCGAGGCUAGGGACGUGAUCGUUGGAGCACAGAAAGAGACCUCUGGUGAAGAAUGGUCAACAAUAGAUUUGAAGGAUGAGCACUGCUUGCUUGGUAAAGAGCAGUUGAAUUCGAAGAACAAAUCGAAGCAAGGUUCAGCCAUGAAGCAAAUUAAAGGAGCUGCAUCUGUAUUUAGCUUUGCAUCAUCUCAUAAACAAGGAAAAGGAAAGGAAGAGAAGGGUAUAAGUGAUGACUGUGCAAAACAUUUUGUUCUGAAUGAUCAGAACAAUACUGUCCCUGCAUCUGAUAAGAAUGAAUUGAGGUUUUCUAGAGAGAACCCCUUCUGGGAUAUCAAUUUGAGGGAGAAAGAGAGUGACACGCGGUCCAUUCUCAUGUCCGAGAGCUUGCCAAUGGACACUGGGAAGGUUGAGAAGCAAAGUGGAGGCGAUAAGGCAAAGAAAAAACCGUUCAGGACUCUGUUCCAAAGAGAGCAGAGAGAAGGACAGGGGGGUGGUGGUGACUAUGGUCCUGAUCCUGAGGAAAGAGUAUCAAAAUCAGGAAAGAAGCAAUGGGGAUUUGAGGGGUUCAAGAAAUGGAAGAGAAGUGAUUCAGACGAUGAAACAGCUCCAUUGUCACUUAGCGAGAAAUCAGAUGGUGAAACUUACUUAGGCCGACUUGUUACAAACCCUGUUGGGGAGGGACCAGAUACCAAGCAAAUUAAGAGGAAGCUACAUUCCAAUGGUUCAUCCUCAGACUUUUUCGUCGAUAAGGUUUUAGGGGAUAAAAUAAAGGAGGAGCUUUCACGAAUUCAAACAGAACUCGGUGCGAAAAAUCCAAAUGUCCAGCUUUCGGAUGAUCAAAUUGAAGCAAUUUCAACCAGGCUUCCAGUGGACAAGACUGACCUGAAAAAGUUCUUUCCCAAGACAUGGUGCGAUCGAUAUGGCGAUGUUGUACUGGAUGUGGUGAGAAAAGAGUUCAAGGAACAUGUUGGGGAGAUGGGAAAUUUGCGAAACGCUACCCGAGACAGGAACAACUCGAAACUUUGGGCAACAUUUGACGACGAUGAAGAAAAUUGCCACCCAAAUCUCUUCGCUCCUCAGGAUCAUUCAUUCCCCGUAAAACAAUCAAAAUUCAUUUCUUUGAAGGAUGAUCGUGUGUCAACUAGCAUUAGCAGCACAGAUAAGUGCUUCAAAUACAAUCCCUUCUUUGAUGAUUGAUUAGACCAACUGAAAGAGAACUAUGCCAAGUCCUUAAUCACCUUGCUCUCUGGACUUCUAGGCAUGGCCAUCUCUUCUAUGUUGGUUUAGAUGGAACCAGACGUAUUAUAUAUGUAUGUAAAAUGCAUUUCUUGUAAUGGGUUAAGAGACUUAUGAUUUCCUGGUCUGUUGAUGUAUGAACUGUACGAAGAAAAUUGUUCUUCUAGCUGCUACAACAAUAUGAUUGUAUGCUACUCGAGGAUCAAAAUUUUGUUUCGGUG